ACGCGUCAGAUCGGGAGGGAACAGUUUGGUGCGCGCGCGCGUCCCGACACCAUGCUGGUGUUGACGCUCUUUCUUGUUACGAGCAUCUCUGUCCAAGCACGAACAUUUAACAUAACCCACCUCAUAGUACCUGAAGUUGUACCUCCUGGACAAGAAGAGGUCGAAAUAGAGUGUCGAUACGACGCCAACUUCACUCUACUAAACUGGUUCAAAGAACCAAACGAAUUUUUCCGUUACAGACCUGGUCGCGCACCGAGCACCAGGUCCUUCCCUGUCCUCGGCGUCGGAAGGGUCGAACUCAUAGCAUGUGGUCCGACAGCUUGUCGCCUAAAGCUCGGAGCCCUUACAGAAGAAGCCACCGGGUUAUACAGGUGUGAUAUUGAGCGGGAUGUAACGCCGUACAAGUUUGCAACGCGUAAAGCAUACAUGGAAGUUCACGGACAUGAACAUAGAAGACCUUUACUGGAAGGUUUGGGUGAAGAGUUCGGAGAAGGCGACGACAUGCGAGCAUACUGCCGAGGUGACCCCGACACAGAGAUCCGUUGGUACCUUAACGGACGCGAGCUAGAAGAAAUGAGAGGUUCCACGACAUUAAAAAGAAAGAGUUCACGUUUAAUUUUUCUAGGUAUUCCGCCAAUGGUGACAGUUCAGUGUGCUGAGUUCAAAUUCGGUAAACUGUAUGGGUCUAAUCAAGAAAAAGCCCGUUGGAAGGAUCUUAUUGGGAAAGACGAAAGGCCACAAGAGCAGAAGAGUGAGGCCAACACUUUAAAAAUAUGUUCAAACUUGGUUUGUAUUAUGUUUAGUUUGUAUAUAAUGUUUGUUAAAAUUGUGAAAUAGUUACCUACAAAAUGUUAUCACAUUUAUUUUAAAGUAAAAUCGGGUUCCUUUAAUAUUAUGCAGUUGUAAAAUAUUUUUAUUGUUUAAUUUUAAAUAUAUUUUGAGAUGUUCAUAUUCAAAUAAAAAAAUACUUGUUAUAAUUUACCUGUGUAAAUGUGUAUUAUAUAC